AUGACUCCUUCCAAUUUCGAUCUCGUCGACCUUACCGGCGACACGUCCGAGAGCAGUGUUGCCGGUGACGAAGUUAUCGUGAGUUCGGUGCAGGUCGUCGCCCGCGACACCCGCAACACCCGUGAUACCCACCAGCCACGCGAACCCCCCGAGCCCCGCGACACGGUUCAUUACAGGUCUGCCGACUCGGGUAGGAAUAGGGAUACCUCGCCGUGGAAGCACCUGUUCCAGACCCGGAACCAGCCCCCGCCGCCUGUAAAGGCGCCCACCCUAGACACCUCUUCUUCCGUCAAGCGUGUCCCAAUUGCCUCCCCCGCAAGCAAGCUGCCUCUUCGCAACGAUGGAACUCCUUCAAAGACGGCGCGGUUCGGCGACUCUAGAGCCCCACGGUCUCGGCCAUCGAGCAGCAGAGGCAUUCCACAGCACCCCACCCCGCAGUCGGCAGGACAGCUGACGCCCAGGAAUCAGACACCAAAAAAGAAAGACUGGACAGUUGAUAGGCUUGUCAAUGCUCUAGGCACUUAUUCCGAGGCCGUGGGCAAGGGCCAUUCCCGCCUUGUCCAGUUCAUGCUUGAAGAGGCCGAGAAGAAGGCCCCUCAGCCGAGACAUUUGAGCGACACGGACGCCUUUGCGGAUAUGAGGUCAAUUGCAGUCGACAAUAACGACAACAGCGCCCUAGCCCCUGAAGUGCGGACAAUGGUCAUCAAGUUCAAACAACACAACGGAGACCAUGGGAAAGGCAAAGGCGGUGGCAGGCGAUCCACAUUCCCCAUCGUCUGCAUCAAGACCGAUAAAGCGGCUGUCCCUCGAUACAGAUUCCAUCACGUGGAAAUCCGCAAGAACAUUCUCACCCCCAACACCAUGCUCAACUUUGUUCCUCACCUCCGAGACGUCGAUCCGAACUCCGCCGAGGAGAUGAAGUACAGCAACUGGCUCGGCGAGCUGGAGAAGCUCGAUAGCCAGUCUGGCUUCAAGACCCAAGACCGUGGUCUGAAACACUUGAAGAGGGUGCGGGACGAGUACGCGGCCACGCUUUCCAUGUACUUGGAGCCCUGGCUUCGAAAGCUGGCCAUCGAGGGCUGCACAAAGUCGAGCCUCAUCCGCUACAUGGCAAGUCAGACCGAGAAGGAUGAUGCCAUCACACCUCAGCAGAAGUCGAGCCUUCUUGACAGCUACAGUGAGGAUAUGGAUUCCCCGCAAGCCAUCCGGGGAGCGAAGAUGUUCACCGAGGCAUUCAAUCGCGUUUUCGAUGACUCCAAAAAGAUAUGCCGCGCCAACCUCCGCGAUAUCCUGCUCCUCGACAAGUCAGUUGAAACCAUCGUCGAUAACAAGCGGGCCAAGGAGACGCCGAGCUCGCAGAAGCAGCGCGACCAGGAUUUGAUGCCGAGGAUCGAGUCGGCCCUUGCUAGCUAUUCGAUUCUCGGAUGCUUGAUCUGUUUUAGCCACGACUGUGAGCACGGCGAGUUUGAUGCGGAAAAUCAGAGGGGAACCUUCUCGAUCGAGGGGACAGGAGGUAUUGCCCGGGCCCUGAAGGAGAAAUGGGCGUCCCAACUUGGAGCCCGCAAAACCUCUCAACAAAACGGAAGCGCCAGCAAGCGAGCUCACCCGCCGUGUAACAACCAGUGCUACCGUACUCACGAUAUUGGAGUUGUUGCCCAACCUUUAGAGCCGUGGGCCGAGAACGAGAUCCAAGUUCUUGAGCGGGUAUUUGCCACUCUUGGCUACAGCGCGACACUAGAACCUCACUGCUUCGUUGCUGCCGUGCUUGAUCGCCGGUGCUGGGACGUGUACCGCAAAUUCAAGGAGUUAGAUCUGGUCCUCCCUCCCGUUGAGCCGCCCACCGAAAACUUCAAGGUCAAGCCGGUUUCCUGGUACGACCGCAAAAAGAAGCAGCUGCUGGGAGACUGGCAGGAUUGCACAACCUCCCAUGAGCAUGCCUCGAGAGAGCUCUCUGAACCCUGCCACCACGAAGGGCCGUGUAAUGCGGCGAAUAAAUGCCCUUGCCAAAUGGCCUAUCCGCACCCCGUUCUCUGCGAGCGUUUCUGCCAUUGUACCGCGGAUACAUGCGCCCUCAAGUUCACGGGGUGCGCUUGCCAUUCGACUGGGAAGACAUGUCUACAGCGCCAAAAGGAAGGAAAGCCAUGCAUCUGUGUGCAGCUAAACCGGGAGUGUGACCCAGUUCUCUGUAAGGGGUGCGGGGCACGUGACAGAGCUGACCCUGAGAAUUGCUACGACGAGCAGCUUCACUCGACCGGAUGCCAAAAUGUCGCCCUCCAGCGCGGCGCAUCUCGCGUUGUCAUGCUCGGCAAGUCCCAGCUUGAAGGCUGUGGCUACGGACUCUUCACUGCCGAGGACAUCCUACAAGACGGGUUCGUGAUAGAGUAUACGGGCGAACUAAUCACACACGACGAAGGCGUCCGCCGCGAAGCCCGCCGUGGUGACGUGUUCAACGAGGAGUCAAACAGCUCGUACCUCUUCACACUCUUGGAGCACGAAGGAAUCUGGGUCGACGCGGCUAUCUACGGUAACCUAAGCCGCUACAUCAAUCACGCUUCAGAGUACGACAGAAAGGCCUGCAAUAUUACGCCCAAGAUUCUAUAUGUCAAUGGCGAGUAUCGCAUCAAGUUCACGACCCUUCGUGACAUCAAGGCUGGGGAGGAACUGUUCUUCAACUAUGGAGAUAACUUUCCCAACUUGACCAAGAAACUGCUUGAACAAGACGAGGACAAGCCAAACGACAACGGAAAUAGCGGGGCGGCGGCGGCACAGAAGCGCAAGAACAGCCAGCGGGGUGUCGCGGCGCGCAAGUCCACGGCCAAGGUGAACGAAGCAGAACUGUCUAAGGCCGCGCGCGGAAGAGCGCGAAAGACAGCACCAGAUCCGGGCGCAAGCUCAGCCGAGGAUGAGAUGCCUGAAUGGGCAAACAUCCCACAUGAUGAGGACGACGAGAUGGCUGACGACUGGGGUGAGAAUACACCCCGACGACGGAAGAAGCGCGGUGGCAGGCGUCCGGGCGCCGGGCGAAAGAAGAAGCAGCCGGUUCCUAAUCCGAAUGCGGAUGUCAUGGACAUUGACCGCUCCCGCGAGAUCAGCGAUAGUCAAGCCGGAGACACCCCCAACGGUAAGACAGCUGGUGGCGACGACACGCCCACACGCCGCCGCCUCUUGGCGCGUGUGUUCACACACCCCUCCGAGUCUGAGAUUGGUGUUAAGGCCAAUGUGCCAAAAACAGCCGCCAAACAGCCACAGCCGGGGCAGCAGCCAGUGAAAAAGGCCUCCAAAAGAGGCGGCGCCCGCCCCGGUGCUGGCCGCAAGCCCAAACACCCGCGUCCCCCUAUCAUCACCAAACCGGACACUCCGACCAGCACGAGCACAGCCAAUAACAACAUUGCGGCCACUAAGAGUGCUGCCAAUGGCCCCGAAGAUUCGGACGAUGCACCGCUUGUGGAGACGGUGCGAGACCGAGUCAGCAGUGAAGGCGGUUUUGACCGCCUCGUGAACUCAAGCACGAACAGCGUUAACGGGGCCGGACGAAAGAGGAAAGCAGAUGAUCUCGAGCUCAGUCCAGAAAAUGAAGAGGCAAUGGCCGUCCCACUCUCGACUGGCGGCGCCUCUCCGCUGGGCGGCGGCGGCCCAUACCGCGAAUACCACUUCCAGCUCAUUGACGACUUUCCUGGCAGCAGUGUUGGCGGCGACGACGACGACGACGACGGUUUAUCGCUAGCUGAUCGGUCGGCUAGGAAGAGGCAGAAGCCUCUCCGCUACAGAGUUGACGAGCAGCCAUAG